AUGUCAAGAAAUUCAUUUGUUGAUGCGAAAAAUAACUCGUCAUCCAAAGAUGGGAACAAUGAAUUACCAUUAAAAACAGAAAUGAUAGUCAAAGAUGAAAUAAUAGAAACCGGAGCAAUAGAAAAACCAUUUUUAUGUGAUAUAUGUGUUUGUGAUAAAAGUUUUAUGUACCCAAAUCAUUUACUUCAACAUAAACGAAUGCACACUGGUGAGAGACCUUUUGCAUGCGACGUCUGUGGUAAAACAUUUGCUCAAAAUUGCAGUUUAAUUGAUCAUAAACGAAUUCAUACUGGGGACAAACCAUAUGCAUGUAAUUUUUGUGAAAAAAGGUUUACGAUACAAAAUAAUUUAACUAAACACAAACGUAUUCAUACGGGAAUAAAACCAUAUUCAUGUGAUAUCUGUGAUAAACGAUUUACGCAAAAAAGUACUUUAGAAACUCACAAACGUAUUCAUACCGGACAAAAACCAUUUGCUUGUGAUGUGUGUGGUGAAAAAUUUAUUCAAAGUAUUAGUUUAACGAAACAUAAAUUGAUUCAUACCGGGGAACGUGAAAAAAGGAAACGUGGUCGUAAACGAACUAAUGGAGAAAAAUUAAUCAAACAAUUUUCAUGUGAUUUAUGUAAAAAAAGAUUUACUUCAGAAAAACAUUUAGCUAGACAUAAACAAAUUGAAGCAAAAAAAUAUUCAUGUGAUUUGUGUUUCAAAACGUUUAAACAGAAGUGCACUUUAGAGUUACAUAUGCGAACUCACACCGGACAGAAACCAUAUUCUUGUGAUAUUUGUAAUAAAUCGUUUUCCCAACAAAUUAGUUUAACAAAACAUAAAUUAAUUCAUGAAAAAACUGAACAAAUUAGUGAAGUGAAGCAGGAAAAUGUUUUUAUGGAAAAUAAACAAAUUAAUAAUGAAUUUACUUGUAAAUAA